GUGUCAAGCCUGUGUGCUAACGCGUAUUACAAACUUGCUGAAGUUUUUGUGUAGGUAUAGUUAUUUCCAAUUACAUAGCAUUAUCAAGCAUUUUAUUUCACAUUUGAAUGUAUCAAUGAUCUCACAUUAUCCUACACAAGUAUUCUCAUGAGUAAGCAUAAAUAAUAAUAUUCAUCAUGGUUGUUGGUCUAUUAAGCAACAUGAAGUUGUUAAUAUCCGUAGCAGUAGUUACCUGCGCAUACUUGUAUCGUGAGGAACUGAAAUUCUACUAUGACAGUUUCUUAAAUCCCGUCGAAGACAAACCCGGGAUCUUCACGGCGACUAAACUGGCUCAAUAUGACGGGGUAACACGUAAAAGUCUGUAUUUAGCUGUACUAGGUACUGUCUUUGAUGUUACAGAAGGUAAAAGACAUUAUAAAAAGGGUGCUUCAUAUCAUUAUUUCAUAGGCAAAGAUGGAUCAAGAUCUCUUGUCACCGGGGAUUUCCAGGAUGAAAGCAAUGAAAGGGACCAUGUUAUGGACUUGUCCUGUACCGAAAUACUCACGGUUAUCAAUUGGAGAGAUACAUUUAAGAAAAAGUAUAAACAAGUUGGAGUCCUGAUAGGAAGGUACUAUGACAAAGAUGGCCAGGAGACUGUCUAUAUGGAAGAGUUCUACAAUAAAAUACAGGAAUGUCAAGAAGAGAAAGAAAAGUCAAGGAAAGAAGAUCAGAAGUAUCCUCCAUGUAACAUAGCGUGGAGUGCUGAUGAAGGCACUAAAGUGUGGUGCACAACAUCAAGUGGAGGCAUUAAAAGGAGUUGGACUGGGGUUCCUCGGCAACUCUUCACUCCUGGCGUGGAAAAGCCCCGCUGUGUGUGCCUGAAUGAAGCUGAUCAAGGUUCUGCAGGUCUUAUCAAAGAAUAUGACAACUGUCCUAAAUCAUCUAUAGAGUGCAAGGUUCAAACUUAAACUUUUAUGAUAGUAACUAUGAAUAUAUUACUUUAUUCCAAACUAAAUCUCUUAUUUUUUUCUUAUAAAUAAAAGAUGUUAUUAAA